CCCACGAUGAACGUGAUCGUGGAAAGCGUCAGUCCCCCCGGGAGCCCCGUCCGGCCUCCGGACUUCGCGAGGACCCCGGGCACCGCCACCAGGCAGAGGAAAGUGAUACGCAUUGCGCGCUCCGAGGACUCGACCGACGUCAGCCGCCGCCCGACGGGACCCGCGAGCGUCGUCAAGGUCUACCGCAAGCAGGCCCACACGCACUCGGUGCGCGACUUGCCCGACUCGUCCUCGGAGGAUGAGGGCAGGAUCCGCACGUCGAUGCCCGCUCCCAGGUCGGCUUCCGCGUCUCCAUCCCGGAAGGUACCCCGCCUGCUGCGCCUAGGCUGGUUGCCCGACCUGUCGCGAGAGGGCAUCGAGUCGGCCGUGCCCCUGGUGGCCGUGACGCUCGCGUUCGGCGCGUUCAUGACCGCGGUCGCCAUACUGUGCAAGCCGCGGCCUCCCAUCGUGGGCUGAAGGCCAGCAGAAGGACGACGCUUUACUCAGUCGCUGCGCUCACCUCGACGCUAUCAUUAGCGGGAUCGCCUUUGUCACGUGGGAAAGCACUGAAGCGCGUACGUUCGGUCGACGAUACACGCUGCGCCGAGUGAACGGGUGUCGAAGAGAGCCGGGCCAAACCGAAUGACUGAUUCGACUGAAAUG